GCGGCCGCCACUUUGGGGAGGGCAGGGGAGGAAGUGGAGGCCGGUGGCUCGGCUGCGCUCCCCUCCCCCCGCGCAGUUUAUAACCCGUCCAUUGUGCGCCGCUGCCCCGUGUCUCCUCCAGCGCGACCAUGCCCAGGAAGAAGGCGGCGGCGGCGGCCUGGGAGGAGCCGAGCUCCGGCAACGGCACAGCCCGCGCCGGGCCCAGGAAGCGCGGCGGCCCGGCGGGCAGGAAGCGCGAGCGGCCCGAGCGCUGUAGCAGUAGCAGCGGUGGCGGCAGCAGCGGCGACGAGGACGGCCUGGAGCUCGACGGGGCCCCCGUUGGGGGCAAGCGCGCAGCGCGGCCGGCAGCGGCCAAGGCGGGCGGCGCGGCCGUGAUUAUCACGGAGCCGGAACACACCAAGGAGCGCGUCAAACUUGAAGGGUCUAAGUGCAAAGGGCAGCUUUUGAUUUUUGGGGCAACCAACUGGGACUUGAUUGGUCGAAAAGAAGUGCCUAAACAGCAAGGUAGGAGAAGUGCUUUCGGAAAAGCUGCUUACCGCAAUCUUGGUCAGAAUUUGUGGGGGCCCCACAGGUACGGGUGCCUUUCGGGGGUCCGGGUGCGGACAGUGGCUUCGGGUUCAUGUGCUGCCCAUAGCCUCCUCAUCACCACGGAAGGGAAGCUGUGGAGCUGGGGUCGAAAUGAGAAGGGGCAGCUGGGACAUGGUGAUACCAAGAGAGUUGAAGCUCCCAAACUCAUUGAGGGUCUCAGCCACGAAGUGAUCGUGUCCGCAGCAUGUGGGCGGAACCACACCCUGGCCUUGACGGAAACGGGCUCUGUGUUUGCAUUUGGCGAGAACAAGAUGGGGCAGCUGGGCCUUGGUAACCAGACGGACGCCGUCCCGAGCCCCGCGCAGAUAAUGUACAACGGCCAGCCAAUUACCAAAAUGGCCUGUGGGGCUGAAUUCAGUAUGAUAAUGGACUGCAAAGGAAACCUCUAUUCCUUUGGGUGCCCUGAAUAUGGUCAGCUGGGACACAACUCAGACGGGAAGUUCAUCGCCAGGGCGCAGCGGAUAGAGUAUGACUGUGAGCUGGUGCCCCGGCGAGUGGCCAUCUUCAUCGAGAAGACAAAAGACGGGCAGAUUUUGCCAGUCCCAAAUGUGGUUGUACGAGAUGUGGCCUGUGGCGCGAACCACACGCUGGUCCUGGACUCCCAGAAGCGCGUGUUCUCCUGGGGCUUCGGUGGCUAUGGCCGCCUGGGCCAUGCCGAGCAGAAGGAUGAGAUGGUCCCCCGCCUCGUGAAGCUGUUUGACUUCCCUGGGCGCGGGGCUUCCCAGAUCUAUGCUGGGUACACCUGCUCCUUUGCCGUCAGUGAAGUGGGUGGUCUGUUUUUCUGGGGGGCCACCAACACGUCCCGUGAAUCGACCAUGUACCCCAAGGCUGUGCAGGACCUCUGUGGUUGGAGAAUCCGGAGCCUGGCUUGUGGGAAGAGUAGCAUCAUCGUGGCUGCGGACGAGAGCACGAUCAGCUGGGGCCCAUCACCGACCUUCGGGGAGCUGGGCUACGGGGAUCACAAGCCAAAGUCUUCCACUGCAGCUCAAGAGGUGAAGACGCUGGACGGUGUCUUCACAGAGCAGGUUGCCAUGGGCUACUCGCACUCCUUGGUGAUAGCGAGAGAUGAGAGUGAGACCGAGAAAGAGAAGAUCAAGAAACUGCCAGAGUAUAACCCCCGCACCCUCUGACCCCGGGGUCGUCUUCAGCUCCACAGCUCACGCGGCAGCUGUCUUUUCCAUGUGCACUGGGACGGGAAGUCAAACGAGGAAUUUAAAAAAAGCAAGAGUUGACCGAAGGUGCAUUUUUGUUAAGACUCCCUGAGGUUCCGUUUUAUAAGUGAUUCAACGUCAACUACCUUUUCUGUAUGCUUUCCAAAGUGGUUUUUUCUCUUAAUGUUUAAUUAAAAUAUUUGCUCAUAGUUAAUUUACCAUUCCUACAAAAGAGACAGAAACUUUGAGCAAUCUAGGGUUUUUUUUAAGUUGUUAUUAUUCCCCACCCCCCUAAAUACACUUAUCAAAACAUCCCUUUCCACUUGUAAUUAGCAUUGUGAUCCGAAUGGGUGCUACCUGGGAGAGGAAUCACUGUUUACUCAGAAAAAAAGAAAGUCCCAUUACUUAAUGGGAACUGGCAGCAUUUGGGCAGAGAUAGUCCCUGGUGGCAGAUGUCCGUCCGGAAUCACACCCUCAUGCUUCGGGAGCCUCUAGGUCACCUUCCUGCUUUUUCCUUCUGACCAGCUGAGGCUUGCAUUUGUUCUUUUUCCCCUUGGCUGCUUGUAAGCCCCGCUGCCCUUUGGCUGUGACAUUAAUAGAAUCUGUCAUUUCCCCCCCUGGUGGGGUCUCUGGGGUCUGUGUUUAGCCAUUUAUAUCUACUUUAGCUGUAAAAGUCCAAAUGAAAAUCAGGUGAUCGUGGAACCGGUGGGGACUUGGGGGUAGGCAGACGUGGGGACGAUGUAUCUCCAGCCCAAAGGCUCCUUGCCAGCACUCGCCCUAGAGAUCGAUCAGCCAGCAGCAGAAGGUGCAUUCUGGAGGCCUUGCCAAGAAGGGCCGGCCCUGUGUGUGUCAGCCUUAGCGCCACUGCUUCUGUCUGUUCUUCCCAUCGGCUGGAUCCUGCUGGGCCAGGCCCAGUCUGUUUUGGAGACUCGGGUUCCUGUUCCGUUCACCCAGCUGUCUGGUGGCGUUUGCUUGGCUGUGGUACCAAAUAGCUGGGAUUACAAAGAAGUUGCCCUUCUCCACAUGUCAGCACAGAUGCUGUGACUGCCACUGCCACCCCAACUCCCCGCCAAGUGCCCUCUGCCUGAGCUGGUCACCUGCGCGGGGCUGCACCGCUCCACAUGCGUUACGAGGUGCCUUUCCUGGAACCCUCCUCUCGCUUGGACCCAAGAGAUGCAACAGCUCUGGCUGGGGCUCUUGGUUUCGAGAGGGUCUGGACUGGUUUGGGUGCUUUAAAAUAGAUUUCUUAGUUCAGUGGUGCUUACGGGGGAGAAGGGGGAUAGACCCUCAGUGUGAGGUGGGGUGGAUGGGAAAGUGAAGCAUUGGUCUUUUUAUUUUUGCUUUGCUGUUUGUUACCGCUUGUCAUUGUCUUGAUGUUAAAAUGCCAAAAAUGAUCUAGUCAUUGUUGCUUUUUUCCCUAGUCAUCCCCCUGCCGCUCCUUACAGUGGCUUCUGCCUUCGUUGGGCCUGCAGCAGUAUCUGUCCCCACCAGUCCCAAGGCGCACUGCCUGCAGAGAUGGGCCUGCAUCUUUAAGAUUUAGUCUGGUUUCAUGCUUGUAUCUACUGUCCUAUGUUGGGUCCGUGGUCCAGGGGAGAAGCUUCUGCAGUUGCAGAGCUUCCCAAUUUGUCCAAAUCACCCCACAACCACCAGCUCUGCUCAAGCUUCCGUGUGUGGAGUCAUCUGUUUCCCUGGACAAGUCUCUCCUGGUGUGGGGCUUGGGCCUGUGCUGCUUGGGCCCAUGCAGCCCCCUGUGUCUCAGGUGGUCCCACAGGCUGCGCCCCCACCUUGGCAGAGCUGCCCUCGGCAAAGCAGGGCUCGGCUUCCAUCUCCUCCUGGACUAAGCCGAUGCCCCCCGCCAGCCCCUGCUAGAAGCCCUUGCCAGGGCCUGGAGCGGGAGGGAUGUACCUUCAAGGGAGGAUGCCCUGGCCUCUGCCAGACACUCCUUUUGGCCUAGAAUUAAAAAAUGAACUUCCUAAUGGGGGAGUGCCUCAGAACAAGGAGUUGGGGGGUGGUCCUACACUCAGAGCGAUGAAGCAGCCCGGACUGGGCGUGGGUGUGCUCUAGGCCGACCCUUUGGGCGUGUGGUGUCUUGCAGCUCAGGAAGGGGAGUUUGGAAGAAGAGGCUUAGAGUAAAGGGAGAUGUAAGAAGAGGUGGUGAUUUGGUCGAAGGUGCCUGGUUUAGUGCUGUAAUUGUCUUGUUUUUUAUAUAUAUAUAUAUAUAUUUCUUGGAGUAAACAUUUUAAAUAAACGACAUCAUUGUUUACUCUG